AUGGCCUCCUCCGCACAACAAGCGGCCCAGGCCCAGGCACAGGCACAGGCUAUCAUCGACGGAACUGUCGACUACAAGCCCGCCCGCUCAAAGCAGUACGACUUGAAGAAGCCGCACAUCACUGAGCAGCCCAUCACGGUCAAGAACUGGUACAAGCAUGUCAACUGGCUCAACGUCACCUUCAUUAUCUUCGUCCCCCUCCUGGGAUUGAUUUCCACCUACUGGGUACCUCUUCAGUUUAAGACCGCCGUCUGGUCUGUCGUUUACUAUUUCAACACCGGUCUCGGUAUCACAGCCGGCUACCACCGUCUCUGGGCACACCGCAGUUAUAAGGCCUCAUUGCUCCUCCGGAUUUACCUUGCUGCCGUCGGAGCCGGUGCUGUUGAGGGAUCCAUCCGCUGGUGGUCUAGGGACCACCGUGCCCACCACCGCUACACCGACACCGUGAAGGACCCCUACUCUGUGAGGAAAGGCUUGAUGUACAGCCACAUCGGUUGGAUGGUCAUGAAGCAGAACCCCAAGCGAAUCGGCCGAACCGACAUCACCGACCUCAACGAGGACCCCGUCGUUGUAUGGCAGCACCUGAACUUCAUCAAGUCCGUCAUCUUCAUGGGCGUCGUCUUCCCGACCCUGGUUGCUGGUCUUGGCUGGGGUGACUGGAUGGGUGGCUACGUGUACGCCGGAAUUCUCCGCAUCUUCUUCGUCCAACAGGCCACCUUCUGUGUCAACAGUCUGGCCCACUGGCUCGGCGACCAGCCCUUCGACGACCGCAACAGCCCCAGGGAUCACGUCAUCACAGCCUUGGUUACCCUCGGUGAGGGAUACCACAACUUCCACCACGAGUUCCCCUCCGACUACCGCAACGCGAUCAGCUGGUGGCAGUACGACCCUACCAAGUGGUCCAUCUGGGUCUGGAAGCAGCUCGGUCUCGCCUCCGACCUCAAGACCUUCCGCCAGAAUGAGAUUGAGAAGGGUCGUCUCCAGCAGCAACAGAAGAAGCUUGACCAGAAACGUCAAAGGCUCGACUGGGGUGUGCCUCUCGAGCAGCUCCCCGUCAUCGACUGGGACGACUUUGUUGAGCAGGCCAAGAACGGUAGGGGCCUUGUUGCUAUUGCCGGCGUUAUCCACGACGUGACCGACUUCAUCAAGGACCACCCUGGCGGCAAGGCCCUCAUCUCCACCGGUAUUGGCAAGGACGCCACUGCCAUCUUCAACGGUGGUGUCUAUCUCCACUCAAACGCUGCCCACAACUUGCUCAGCACAAUGCGUGUCGGUGUCCUUCGCGGAGGCUGCGAGGUCGAGAUCUGGAAGCGCGCCCAAAUGGAGAACAAGGAUGUUUCCUAUGUCAACGAUUCGUCCGGCAACCGGAUCAUCCGCGCAGGUCAUCAGCCAACAAAGGUUCCCAUGCCUGUCGCGAGUGCUGACGCUGCAUAA